AUGUUGGUUUCAUCAACACCCCACCAUUUAUCAACCUUCCCUCUCAUGUCUCCCAGGACUCGAUCGCAAGCCAAAAGCGAGGCCAAGAAGGCCUCUGCGACGCUCACCGGCCUCCCAACUGAGGCUCUGCACCAGAUCUUCAGCACAUUCUUAAAACAUCAGUCAACAGCACCUGACGCGUACUUUCGUGGGACCCAGCAACAAAGCGAUGAGCGGUCCUGGCACUCUAUACAGUGCCAUGCGCUGUUCUCGCUAUCCCUAGUCUCUAAGCGCUUGCGCGACAUUGCGCAGCCCAUCUUGUAUAAAGAGUUCGUUCCCGGAUAUGGCGACUCUUGGAAAUCAGCCCUAUACACGUGGGAUGGCCGACUCACUUCUUUCCUGAGGACCAUAGCACGACGCCCAGACCUUGCCACGCUAGUUAAAAGGAUCUAUAUUCACUCGCACCUACUGAAAUCCGUCGACGCCAAAGAGAAUCAAGAUGAGAUUAAGCAAGCUGCACGUGCAGUGGGGAUCGAGAAGUGGCAGCAGCUGUCAGGUAGCGAGCUUGUUACCAUUUUAAUCGCCAAACUGCCGAACCUAAAACAUUUCAGCCUCCAAACAGUGAUGAACCCCGUUGAGGGCCUCAGUUCGUCAUACCUACGCGCUUUAGGUAUUUCUGUUCUGCCUCUUACGACUAUCGACAUCAACCUGUAUGCAGCAACAAACGAGCCGCGCCAUGAUCGCCUGUUCAACCUAGAAGUUUGUGCGGGCGCCAUUCUCGAACUAGCUACAAAUCUAAAGACACUCAAUCUUCACAUGUGCGGUGGCAUCCAGCACCAAGCCCCAAUCCCGUCCCUGCCAAACCUCGAAACCCUACGUAUCACGCACAGCAGACUCAAUGAGACGGACCUCGAAGGCCUCCUUUCUUCCUGCGCUAGUCUACGCACCUUCGCCUUCGAGGCCACGUGUAUCUACAUAAAUGCAUUGGAUUGCGUCCAAGACUUCGGUCCAAGAGGUCACUUUGAGCUGAAAAAUGCCGUGAAAUAUCUCAGUCGGCACCGUGCAACCCUCAAGUCGCUGCAUCUGGAUCUCCGAGAGAGGGGGAUUGCCUAUAGGGAUAGCAUAGAGAGAGCCAUUCCACCAUCCUUCAGGCUCAGAGACUUCAAAGCGCUAGAGCAUCUAUUCCUCAACUCUGAGGGUAUAUACGGCGGUGGAAAGAAGCACUUGACAGCGGAAGACCAGCUCCUGGUUUGGUUUCUACCCGCCAACAUCGUAUCGCUACACCUCGAAGGUAAUUCCGGGCCACGCUUGGUGAAGGGGCUGCUUGGUCUUGCCGAAGCCGCCUCAGAAGGCCGAUUUCCUAGGCUGAAGCAAGUCAGAUGUGACGCAGGGCAGAUACUUGAUGACAAUGCAGUGGGAUCUAUGUUCGCAGCAGCUGGGGUUGACUUUGACGGCGACAGUUUCCCGCCAAGUAAUGCUACGCUUCCAAUGCGCGUCAUGCCGAUACGGAGACCUUCUUACUCUCCAGAACCAUUGCCGUUACCUGAGGAUGAUGACCCUGAUCUCUGGUGA